AAUGUGUCCGGCUGCAACUAACACUCGCGCCAAUGUUCUUUUCAAACCAUAUUAUAAAAAUUACACGGGGGUUUGCAGACAUUUGCAGCCUUUCAUGCGGGGCUCUACCCCAUUACAGGCUGCUAGAAAUUGUACUUGAACAAGAGGGAACUUUUGGCAAGUAAAACGUGGUCCUGUUACUUCCUUGGCUUACUUCCUGUCUCUGACUGAUACAGCGACUGGGUGCGUCUGGACGGGACCUCUAAGGAAGUGCAGGCACUGAAAGAGUGGUCCGGAACGUUUAGCGCUUCGUUUGGUUUCAGAGGAGGUAUUUGGGGGAAGGACAGGAAGUAGUUCCAGGCGUGCGGAAGGUUUCUGAGCAGACAGCAUGGGGAGGACUCGCAGGAGUCAGAGGUUCCAGAAACCGAAAGUAGACAAGGAUGUAUAUGAUGAAUCCUUGGCUAAAACAGACAUCCCUUCCACUAAAGAGAUAUCUUCUGACUAUUUCAAUGAUGAAAUUGAUAACUUCCAUGAAGAAAAAUGUAAGAGCUUAAUGAAAAGAGGAGUGGAGUUUGACAGCGAUGAAGAACAAAUGGACAGUGAGGAUGAGGUUAUGCCACUUGACAUCCAUGAAGAAGAUGAGGAGGAGGAAGAAGAAGACGGUGACCAAAGUUCGAUGGAAAGUGACCUAGAAGAGCGUCGUAAUGAUGGGCUUCCAGAUGAAAUGGCAUGGGGACAAAGGAAGAAAAUCUAUUAUGACACAGACUACGCAGAAUACCAGGCAAAAAAAAAACAAAAGAAAAGCAAAGAAGAAAUGGAUGCUGAGGCAGAGGAAGAAGAAGAAGAAGCUCAAAAUAUCCAGAAGCGAUUGGCAAAAACCCUUAAUGAGGAAGACUAUGGCUUGGAUUUUAUUGAGGCAUUUGCAGAAAAGCAAAGCGAAGAGAGACAAUCGGAACAAAAAAUCGUCAAAGACUUAAACAAAAUGUCUGAAAAAGAAAAGAGAAAGCUGCUCAAGAAGGAAUCUCCUGAGUUGCUGGAACUUAUGCAAGAUUUAAAACUCAAGUUGGCAGAAGUCAAAAAUGAUCUGGAGCCACUGCUUAAACUUGUGAAAGAUGGAACCAUUCCUGAAGGAAAGGGAAGUAAAUAUCUUCAGACAAAAUACCAGCUAUAUUUAAAUUAUUGCACAAACAUCAGCUAUUAUUUAAUUCUGAAAGCCAAGAGAAUCUCAAUUGAUGGUCAUCCUGUAAUAGAAAGACUUGUAACUUAUAGAAAUCUGAUAAAUGAUUUGAGUGUUGUGGAUCAAAGAUUGUCCUCCGAAAUUAAGCAACUUCUAACUCACGAUUUCAAGGGAACAAAAGAUUCCUCCAGCUUACCAAAGAUUUCUAAGACAAUUGCUACAAAGCGACCUUUGUCUGAGAUCCAACAUGAUGAUGAUGAUGAUGAUUCCGAUCUGGAUGAGGAAGCUGCUUUGAAAUACUAUAAGCAGAUGGAAGAGAAAUCAUUACAGAAGCGAAAUCGUGGAGAAGAAGAUCUUGUCACUGGCCUUCCAUCUGAGGAACUGGAUCCGAAUGCAAAAAGAGCGAUCACAUACCAGAUUGCAAAGAAUAAAGGACUUACACCUAAAAGAAAGAAGUUGGACCGGAAUCCCAGAGUUAAACACAGAGAAAAAUUCAGACGUGCUAAAAUUCGCAGAAAGGGCCAGGUUCGUGAGGUGCGUAAAGAAGAAACCAGAUAUUCUGGGGAGUUAUCUGGAAUUCGAGCUGGAGUCAAGAAAAGCAUCAAACUUAAGUGAAGAGUUUCCAAGACCCACUUCUCAUAUAUGUAUAAUAAAGUAUUAUUUUUCAUCAUG